AUGCGACCGGAUAUCAAGGAUCGGGAUUACAUGUAUAGAUUGGUGAUCAGCCAACUCUUCUACGAUGGACACCAACAACUUGCACUCAGCUUGGCCUCGACAAUCGGCUGCUCGGCAAAUCCGCCGGCUCCGUGCGACAAACUCUUCCGACUCAUCUCGAUGGCCAAACAAUUCGACGAGGCUGAACAACAGGACAAAGAAAAUGGACUUCAGUUUGAUGCAAAUUCGGCGGGACUCGAUUUGGAAUUUGAUGCUGACAUCGUGCCCGAAUCGCCUGAACCGUGCAUGUAUGAGACUAUCUACUUGACUGCUCACAAAGCCUCUUGUCGAUCUGCAGCUUUCAAUUCUGAUGGUACUCUUUGUGCUACCGGAUCGGCUGAUUGUUCGAUAAAGAUUUUGGAUGUUGAAAGGAUGGUCAUUCGCGAGAAUCGAGGUGAAAGUGUUGAAGGGGGACCGGAUGCAGCACACCCCGUUAUUCGAACGCUUUAUGAUCAUAUUGAUGAAGUAACCGCGAUAGCCUUCCAUCCAAGAGAACAAAUUCUCGUUUCCGGAGCUAAUGACAUGACCGUGAAACUCUUCGACUACUCUAAACAAGCCGUAAAAAGAGCGAUGAAAACAAUAUGUGAAGUGUCACCAAUUCGGGCAAUGUCUUUUCACCCGGGCGGCGAAUAUUUAUUAGUUUCGACAGAUCAAGCCACCGUCAGACUGUACAACGUAAACACUCAACAAUGCUUCGUCAGUGCUUUGGCUAGCGAUCAACAUAAAGAUUCAGUUAUGGAUGUCAACUAUUCGGAAAACGCUAGAUUGUAUGUUACUGGAUCAAAAGAUGGGGAUGCAAAGAUUUGGGAUGGAAUAUCGAAUCGCUGUGUUGAAACAUUUUCUCGCGCGCACGAUGGUGCAGCAAUCUGUAGUGCCCGUUUCACGCGUAAUGGAAAGUAUAUUCUUACCGCUGGUAUGGAUUCAAUAGUGAAAUUGUGGGAACUUUCGACAAAUCGCUGCUUAAUUGCGUAUACUGGAGCCGGAGCAACGGGAGGGCAAGAAUUUGCUAUUCAAGCCACCUUCAAUCACAAUGAAGACUUUGUGCUCUUUCCCGAUGAGAAGUCCGGUAGUUUGUGCUCGUGGGAUGCCAGAAAUUCGGACAGAAAACGAUUACUUGCAUUGGGACACACGGCGCCCGCUCGAGUUUUGGUCCACUCUCCCACAAUGCCCGCCUUCGUAACAGGAAGCGACGAUUUCCGAGCCCGAUUCUGGUACAAGAAAAGCGGA